AUGAUCAGAUAUUGUCCAAGAGUAACUGCGCAAAGGUUCUGUAGGCUCAAAUCUACUACGCCUGAUAAUGCACCAAGAGCUUCUGAUAAUGAAGAGUGGCUUAGCCGAUUGAGCGGCAGUGAGCACAUUGGUGACAGAACAAACUCGAACAAGCUUAAACACGGAAUUGACCUGAAGGAAUCAAAUUCAUCUAGCCUCUCAAAUAGCCCUGCGCGCUUAAAUCAUGAAAUCAAGAUUAUUUCAACACCGCCUGAUACUUCAUAUAUUCAUGUAAAAUCUCCACUCUCCAACUUUACUUCGAUGAGUUAUCUCCAAUCCAAAAAGCAUCGUCAGACACAACUAAAUGGUUUUGUAGAUAUCCGCAUGAUCAAAUGCAGAAGUGGUAGCGGGGGGAAUGGUGUCGUGUCUUUUUUUAGAGAUGCAGGUAGAGCGAUUGGGCCUCCAGAUGGUGGUGAUGGUGGCGAUGGAGGAAGCGUUUAUGUGCAAGCGGUUGAAGGGAUGAACAGCUUGGCAAAAUUAAGAACGACUUAUAUUGCAAGUGACGGUGAAAAUGGCGCUUCUGAUCAGCUUGAUGGGGCGCGUGGAAAAGAUGUCCUCAUCUCCGUUCCCGUUGGAACUAUCGUAAAAUGGUGCUUAGAGCCAAAGGUCGUUCGCCAAUAUGUUGAUAAAAUGCAGCAAGAAAACAGUGCUUCUCUGAGGCAGCUAUUAAAUGAAAUAAUGGUUAGCUUACAGUGCACAGGCAGGUUCGCGAUGGAUCAGAAGCCAUCGCAUAUUCAACUAUUCCGUGAUUCAUAUGAAGAUGGAGAGGGCUGGUUAUUCAAAGGAAAAGAUCGUGAGUAUCAUAUGCAGAAAGAAUGGUUUCAAGAGCUUCGUGAAAAGGUAAAAUCCUAUGAUUAUGAUUUGACUGAGACUGAAUUACAGGCUGAUAGGUUCCCUAUCUUUGGAAUAGAUCUUAAUACUUCAACACAAAAACCAAUUUGCAUAUUGAAAGGUGGAAAAGGUGGUCUAGGUAAUAUGCAUUUCCUGACUAAUCUAAUCAGGAAUCCAAGGUUUGCAAAAUGUGGGCGACGUGGUCUAGAGCAAUACUUCAUGUUUGAACUCAAAAGCCUAGCAGAUUUAGGUCUUGUCGGACUGCCGAAUGCUGGAAAAUCUACUAUAUUAAAUCAAAUAUCGAAUGCCCGACCACGAAUUGGUCACUGGCAAUUCACUACAACGCAUCCCAGUAUUGGAACAAUAAGCUUGGGAAUUAACAAACCGAGCUUCACGGUAGCUGAUAUUCCAGGACUUAUCAGAGGUGCUUCAUUAGACAAAGGGAUGGGCAUUGAAUUUCUGAGACACAUAGAGCGCUCUAACGGUUGGGUUCUAGUUCUAAGUUUAGAAAACAUGCAUCCAGAAGCGGAUCUUCAAAUAUUGAUCGAGGAGCUGGGAGGGAUAAAAAGGUUGCAGACUAAGAAGAUUCUGGUGGUAUGCAAUAAGGCUGACAUUGACGUGGAAAAUCCAAAUUCUAAGCGAAAAUAUGAUACUAUCAAAAGUUUCUGCGAUACGCAGGGCUGGGACGUUGUACCGAUUAGUGCCCUGAAAGGCGAAAACAUUGACCUCCUUUUAGAGAAGAUGGCAAAGUGUGCCAUGGAUUCAAAAAAGGCUUAA